AGAGAGAUAAAGAGAGAGAGAGAGAGAGAGGGGAGAGAGAGAGAAAGAGAGAGAGAGAGAGAGAAAGAGAGAAAGAGAGAGAGGGAGGUCUGUGUAUUUUCAGCCACUGACAGCUGUGCAGCUUUCCCCCACGUACAGGCUCAUAUCCGGAGAAACAGAGAGAGAGAUUCCUUCCUCUUGUGCAUCCUUUGCUCUGCAGACGCGUGCGUGACUAAAUCAGCUCCCGGAUUUCCCCUUCAACUUUUUUUUGUUUUUUUUGGUUGCAGGUUUUUUAUUUUAUUUCUGUUUCAUCACUGUCGCAUUCUCUUUCCGUCCUCUCUUUGGAAUGAACUGUUUUGCUGCCUGCGUCGUUUCCAUGCCAGCAUGGGAACCGCCGUGUCCAAAAGGAAGAAUCUAAGAAACGAUGCGAUAUCCUCUGUGGCAGCAAAAGUUAGAGCAGCGCGAGCAUUUGGAGAGUACCUGUCCCACACGCACCCUGAGAACCGAAACGGAUCAGCUCAUCUUCUGUGUGAAACCUUGGUGGGUCCCGACCAGGAGUCGCCAAGUGACACGAUUGGCCCAAACAACAACAACCACCUCCAUCCCUGCUCCAACGCCGCCAAGGGCUGCGAGGACAACCAGGAGCCCAGCCAGGUGAAAUCCCCGCUGGGCUUACUCCAGCCGCCUCCCCCUUCCAUCACCAUCUCAACCAAAGCGUCGCGGCUGUCCCUCGAGCGCAGCUUCUCGGCGGAGGAAGACCAGCAGAAGUGCGUCGAGUGCACCCUGCAGCCUGCCCGCGUGUACACCAUCACCAGCCAGCGCGGUAUGCUGAUGAGCAGCGGCCGGGGCAGCAAGGAGAGCCUGGAACUGGACGUCCUGAAGGAGAAGUCGGGGAGUGGCGGGGUGGGAUCCAGAGGCGGCUUGAUCCAGCCCUCCACUUCCCCUUCCUCCACGUCGUCGUCGCCAACCCAGUACCACCAAGCCAGCAGCGGCCGUGGCGCCAGCCACCAUCACAGAAACCAUCACGACGCUCACCACGGGAACCACCACCACCACGGCGUCUCGGGCACCAGCGCGCCAUCCGGUAGUGGAGGAAGUAGCGGAGCAAGUGGAAGCGGCGGUAGCAACCAGCAGCAGUCUUUAGCCGUCGCUGGAUCGCACUCCCAUCACGGAACACACCACCACGGCCACCACCACCACCUGUCUCAACCGCCGCUGCAGACCUCCGUCAGCGCCCACAACAUUCGCGGCUGGGGCGAGAGUGGGAAAGGGGAGGCGGAGUGCAGCGGGCUGGCGUGCGAGUCGUGCAGCGGCGCUCCGUCGCGGAGCCAGGGCUCCCUGGACCUGGAGAGCGCGUCCCGAGAGGCAGGCAAGCAGCACCGGCGCCUAGAACGGAUGUGGAGUGUGGACCGGGUGACUGGGCUGGAGAGAGAAGACACUAACUGGUUCCCCAAGGAAAAUAUGUUCAGCUUUCAAACUGCCACAACAACCAUGCAGGCGAUAUCGAACUUCCGGAAGCAUCUUCGGAUGGUGGGCAGCAGGAGGAUGAAAGCACAGACAUUCGCUGAGCGUAGAUCGAAGAGUUUCAGCCGUUCCUGGAGCGACCCCACCCCUGUCAAGACUGACUCAACUGAACCCAGAGACAGCGGAGAUAUGCAGGCCUCCUGUAGUGCCUUGGAUGAAGGAGGACUUGAUGACAAUUUAGACUGGGAGGAGGAGAGAGAGAUGGAAAGGCUGGCCUGUGAAGGAGAUGACUUUGUACCUCCCAAAAUCAUGCUGAUCUCUUCUAAGGUCCCAAAGGCGGAGUACGUUCCCAAUAUACUCCGCAGGGAUGACCCCUCCAUCAUCCCCAUCCUCUACGACCAUGAACAUGCAACUUUUGACGAUAUUUUGGAGGAAAUAGACAAGAAGCUCACGGCUUACAGGAGAGGAAGCAAGUUCUGGAGGAUGCUCAUCUUUUGUCAGGGAGGCCCCGGUCACCUGUAUUUACUGAAGAAUAAAGUGGCAACUUUUGCAAAGGUGGAAAAGGAGGAGGACAUGAGCCAAUUCUGGAGGAGGCUUAGUCGCUUCAUGAGUAAAGUCAACCCUGAACCCAACCUCAUCCACAUAAUGGGAUGCUACGUCCUGGGCAACCCCAACGGAGAGAAGCUGUUCCAGAAACUGAAGAAUCUGAUGAGGCCUUAUUCUGUCGAGUUUGAGUCGCCGCUGGAGCUGUCUGCGCAGGGCAAAGAGAUGAUUGAGAAGUACUUCGACUUCCGCCUCUACCGGCUCUGGAAGACGCGCCAGCACUCCAAACUCUUGGACUAUGAGGAAUUUUUGUGACGAAGAAACACAGAUAAUGGGGGCAGCGGAGCCCUCCAGUGCCACGAGGAACCUGUUAAAAAAACUGAUCCAGUGACCGAACCUUGCUCAACUAAUAGUGCUCGACCCGUCAACUCAAUAUAAACCUGCUUUCAUCCUGGAGAGGACUGGGAGAGGAGGAAGAAGAAAGGACGACAGGCAGGACAAGGAGGAUGAAACUAAAUGAUGCUGUGCCUCCUCAGCUGCUCAGAGUAAGGAUCAAGGACUAACUAAAAAGGGCCAAAAAAAUACUUAGUAGGUAACUGGACUGUCCACGUCUUUGUCACCGACUCCCUUUGCCUCUUGAGUUUGAAAGCAAAAAGUUCAAAUGUGUAAAAAACAAAUAUCAUUUUAGUCACACCUCUGUUGCAAAGAGACACUUUUUGAGGUGGAUGUGCUUCAUUUUGCCAUAAUGUGGUUCUGUGUUUUGACUGGACCUCUCAGCUGACCCUGGAGACAUACAUAUACAUAAAUAAUCCAUAAUGUCGGUGUGUAUAUAUCACAUGAAUAUAUUAGCAUAGCUUUAGUCAUGCAAAUAAUACUCUAUAUGAGAAAUAAUGAUGCAUCAUUUAUUUUUGAUGUGCAUUGUUGUGCAGUUUCAUAUGGAAAUACUUUGGAAUAACUCAGGUUUUAGCCAUGAAGUAAUCAAUCUGUUUGUCUAUUCUAUCAAGAUAUUGUAAUCUUCAUCGCCAUCGCUUGGAAUGAAUGUAUUAUCUCUCUAGAAAUGUUAUCUUCGGUUUGAGGGAAUUGAGCUUCAUGUUUUGGUAAAGAAAAAAAAAAAAGAAAGAAAAAAAAAAAAAAGUGCUGAUUUUGUGUGCGAGUGUGUUUUCCAUGUCAAAAAAAUGCAGAUGUUUUGUGUGUAAUUUCUCCAUCUGCUCCUCUGUUAAAGCAAAAAUGAUCACCUUCA